GAGAAACCGUAUAAAUGUAAGGAGUGUGGAAAGACCUUUACUCAUUCCUCAGGCCUCAGUAUACAUAGGAGAAUUCACACUGGAGAGAAACCGUAUAAAUAGAAACUGCAUAUAUGUAAGGAAUGUGGGAAGGCCUUUGUUACAGCCUCAAAACUUACUGUACAUAGAAGAAUUCACACUGGAGAGAAACCAUAUAUAUGUAAGGAAUGUGGGAAGGCCUUUAUUGAAGGCUCAAGCCUUAGUGUACAUAGGAGAAUUCACACUGGAGAGAAACCAUAUAUAUGUAAGGAAUGUGGGAAGGCCUUUGCUGUAGCCACAAGGCUUAGUGUAUAUAGGAAAAUUCACACUGGAGUGAAACCAUAUAUAUGUAAGGAAUGUGGAAAGGCCUUUGUUGUAGCCUCAAGGCUUAGUGUACAUAGGAGAAAUCACACUCGAGAGAAACCGUAUAUAUGUAAGGAAUGUGGGAAGGCCUUUGCUACAGCCUCAAGACUUAGUAAACAUAGGAACAUUCACACUGGAGAAGGACCAUAUAUAUGUAAGGAGUGUGGAAAGGCCUUUUCUUGGGCCUCAACAUUUAGUGAACAUAGGAAAAUUCACACUGGAGAGAAACCAUAUAUAUGUAAGGAAUGUGGGAAGGUCUUUGCUGCAGCCUCAACACUUAGGAAACAUAGGAAUAUUCACACUGGAGAAAGACCAUAUAUAUGUAAGGAAUGUGGAAAGGCCUUUGCUUGGGCAUCAGCAUUUAGGGAACAUAGGAAAAUUCACACUGGAGAG